UAUUCAGGCGAAAGGGUGAACUGUAAUUCUGAAAAAUUAAUGGUGUCGUCAAAGAAACCCAAGGAGAAGAAGGCGAGGAGCGAUGCCGUCGUCAAUAAAGCUGGUGGCCGGAAUACACGCAGCUCCGGUUCCAAAACGAAGAAGGCGCCGAAUAAGGUCAACAUUGUGAAGAAGGUGCCGGAGAUUCACGAGAUCUCGGAAUCUUCGAGCAGUGACUCUGUGGAAGAAACAAUUAGAGGUGAUGUGGCGAAGAAAAGUAAUGGCGUCGUGAGCAAAGGCCGUAACGGAAAGAGUGGAGGAGUUCCGACGAAGACGAGUAAAAAUCGGGAAGAGGACGACGGAGGUGUGGAAGAUGCUAAGAUGUUUAAGUUUCCGAUGAAUCGGAUUCGGCGGAUCAUGAGAAUCGAUAAUUCUGCUCCACAGAUUAUGCAGGAUGCUGUAUUUCUUGUCAACAAAGCCACGGAGAUGUUCAUUAAGCGGUUUUCUGAAGAAGCUUAUGAUAGUUCCGUCCUGGACAAAAAGAAAUUCAUCCACUACAAACACCUCUCAUCCGUCGUGAGUAACGACGUGAGAUACGAGUUCCUUGCGGAUAGUGUUCCCGAGAAACUUAAAGCAGAGGCCGCGUUGGAGGAAUGGGAAAGAGGCAUGACAGAUGCAGGCUGAAAUAAAUCCCGUUGGAAUCG